AAAAUACAAGGGCAUUUACGUAACCCCAAACUCUAUAAAUAUACAAAGACAAAUCUCCAAAACUCUACAAAAAUCUCCAAGGACAUUAUUUACAGAAAAGAGAUAAAAAAUUCAGGGAAAAAAAAAUUAAAUUAUAAAGAUGGGGAAUUGUAUAGUAGUGGAGAAGAAAGUGAUAAAGAUUAUGAGAAAUGAUGGAGAAGUAGUUGAAUACAGAGGUCCCAUGCAUGUUCAUGACAUCCUCACCCAAUUCUCUGGUCACUACUCUCUCUUUGAUUCUCUGUCCAACAACUAUCAUCUUCAUCCACAAGCCAAGCUUCUAUGUGGUCGUCUCUACUACCUCAUGCCAAAGCAGACGACCACAGUCAAGCAUAAGAAGAAAGUCAGGUUUGUAAAUCCAGAGGUAGAGAAUAAAGAAGGAGAUGGAUAUUGUGGUGACAACACUGAGGAGAAGAGUCCUAGUGUUGUGAGAGUGAAGAUGGUUGUGAGUAAGCAAGAGCUCGAGAAGCUGCUUCAGGGAGGCUCAGUUCAUGAAAUGGUCUAUAGAAGUCUUGCUAAGCAACAUCUUUGCCAUGAUGAUGAUGAGGAUACGUGUGUUAGAGGCUGGAGACCUUUGUUAGAUAGUAUUCCUGAGUCUUGUUAG